UGCUCUCAAUACCGCCCUUCUGGGGGCGGUGGGAGUGGAAACAAAACCCAGGCUCUCCGGAGAAGGGGAGAACGCCGCCGCCGCCGCCGCCGUCCCAGCAGCUGCCCAGAGAGAGAGGCCAGAAUAUGAUAGGCCAAAAUGAAUCCUGCAAUGCAGAACAGAUACCCAUGUCUUACUUAACAUGCGUGCUUUACAUACUGGAAGGAUGGACUGGAGUGGAACACUUGGAGGAAUACCUGAGUUAUGUGGUCUACCUCACAUGGCUCUUUACACCGCUGCUUAUAGCUUUUUUGCUUCCAGCAGUCAUUAUUCUCCUCCUUUAUGUCUCCAUUGUCAUUCUUCACAUUUAUAAGAGACGAAUUGACCUGAAGGAGGCUUAUUUGAGUGAUUUCUGGGAUGGUGCAAGACAAAUGGUGGCAACGCUGUGGUAUGUCCAUGCAAGAAUAUGGAAUGGCUAUGAGGUGCAUGGCCUAGAAAAAAUACCUGAUGGCCCAUUGGUUGUUUUCUACCAUGGAGCAACUCCUAUAGACUUUUUCUACUUUAUGGCCGUUGUUCUUAUUAGGAAAAAAGAUCUUGCUAUAGUUGCUGAUCACUUUGUCUUCGCACUGCCAGGUUUUAAACUGUUACUUGAUGUGUUCAGUGUUCUACAUGGAACACAGGAAGAAUGUGCAAAAUUAUUAAAAAAGGGAAACUUGUUGGCCAUUGCACCAGGGGGAGUUCGAGAAGCGCUGUUCAGUAAUGAAAACUACGUCCUUGUAUGGGGAAAUCGUAAAGGAUUUGCUCAGGUGGCUAUUAAUGCAAAAGUGCCCAUCAUUCCUAUGUUUACACAAAAUGUUCGGGAAAGCAUUCGAUCCCUUGGUGGACUAAGACUAUUUAGGCUCAUGUAUGAGUAUCUCCGUUUGCCACUAGUUCCGUUGUAUGGAAACUUUCCUGUUAAACUGCGGACAUAUAUCGGUGAUCCUAUUCCAUAUGAAGCAAAUAUGACUGCUGAAGAACUGACAGAAAAAGCAAAGACUGCUGUACAGAAUUUAAUAGACAAACAUCAGAAAAUACCUGGGAAUGUAUUCAGGGCAGUAAUGGAACGAUUUCAGCUUCAGGAAAAAGAAGACUAGUAACUUUGGAUAUGACAGAUAAUUGUGAAAAACUGUUUAUAAUGUGAUGUAACAUUUGAGAAGAUAGUUAUUAUAUUCUUCUUGUUUUACAAUUCUACAAUUUUACAGAAAAAUAGGGUACUUUUCCAAAAGAUCAUUGUUGCCUCUGGAACUCAGGUAUCUUGUUCUUUUAAGAUCAAUUAAACAGAUUUUUUUUUAAAAGCACAGUUCUACCUUAGGAUAAGCUGUGAAGAUAACCAAGGAGCAAACCUCUUGUCUUGAACAGGCAUGCACUUUUGGGAGUCUUCCAGGGAAGGAAAACUAGAAACAUGGUGUAUGAGUCCCAGGUACCAUGUUUUAUAGUGGGGUGUCUUAAAAUGUGGCACCCUUUUUGCUACUGCUGAUACACCAUGGAAUUCAGCAACAGAUUUGACAGGCAGCAAAGAGUAGUGGGGGCCACAGAAAUGGGUCAUAGUGCAUGUUAAUCACCCCACAUUAAGAGCUGGUCAGGUAGCCAUAGAAAAGAAAGAACUGAAUAGAAAGAAGUGAAAAAAAUCAAUUCCAGAGGACUAUUUUGCUCCUCAUCUGUACCCAGCAUAGAAGCACAACAGGGUUGCUACCAGAGAGCGAGUGAGCGCUUGUUUUGUCUGUCUCUCUGUCAUUCUCAAACACAUAGCCAACAAGGUAGUGUUAGUGGUUACAGGCUUGUAUACUUGUGUAUAUUUAUUUACAAAGUUGGGCAAUAUGUCUCCCAAACAUUCUAGAAGGAUUAUCAUAAGGCUCUUGGAAACCUUUAAGAAAUGUUUGAGACCAUAACAUUUGACAGCUGUUCACCACUUGGAUCUUCUAGGGAGCCUUCAUGCAAUUUUGUUUCAAUUUCUUUUUGAGAAGAAUUUAUCUAAACUAGCAGAUUUAUCCAUGCAACAAGAAACAUGUGGCCAGAGUUUGGAAACUUGCCACAUUUACUCAUCUGGAACUGCUGUUGCCCAGGAACUUUUGCCAAAAGUCUCAGUUGGGUUAUCCUAGGUCACAGUCUUUAAUGCUUUUGUUGCACUGAGGGGGUCUGAUAAUGGAAUACUUACCCCACGGGAGAAUGACACCAGCUUUUUGUGUAUUAGUGCAGGGAAAUUCUUCUGGCAUAGGGAGUCAGUGCACAUUUGGGUUGGAUGGACCCAGCUGAAUUUUGACAUCAUCUAGCUGCCAUUGCACAGCUACAGAGAAAGCAUGCCUAAGGGGAUACUGGAUAUCUCCAUGCACAGACCCUGAAAAUGGAAUUAUCUCUUGGUGAGAAUCUCAUAAUCACCAAAGGGUUUGCAUAAUGUGUAAAGCUGCCCUCAGAAGGAAUUGGGUAAACUUUUGUUUUUGAUAAUACAGUGAGCCUGCACUAUACGCAAGCUUGUUAUAGGCAGCUUCCAGUGUACACAGAAGCCACUGGGAGUUUGGGAAAAUGGUGCGUGCACCUGUGGCCGCGCAGCGAGCACGAGCCUCAUUAUAUCUAAUAAGGUUCGAGCAUACGUGCUUUUUGCCUUACGCGGGUGUGUGUGUGUGUCUGUGUGUGUCCUGGAACAGAUCCCCACAUAAGGCAAGGACGGACUGUAAUUUACCUUAGUUCAUACAUUUAUUCAUAUUUCGGAUUGAAAGAAUUUGAGGUUGUUUUUUAAUCAAAUGCAUAAAAAACCAAAACUAGCCAAUAUAUAUCCAGGGUUUGGCAGAAAUCUCAGACUUUGAAUCCCUGUGUAUUGAAUUAUAUCAGUGCUGAAAAUUAUCUGUUUUCUGAGAAGGUCCUUAUCUUUAGCAGCUGUAUAGGAAGCAGGGACAAUGUGGUGAUCUCCAUGUUAGGUGCAAUUAUACCUAGCAUUGAGUGGGUGAAGGUCAUGGGGAAUUCUGUUUCAGUUCAUUUUUAAAGAAAUAACUGAAAUCCACCAAUAUCUUCAUUUUUGUGGUGGAAACAACUUGAUAUUUAGAAAAACUGAAUGUGGGAGAAAGCAAAACUGAUGGGAUUUUCUCAUACCUGGCCCUAAGUAGAAAUGGAUAGGCCAGCUUGUACUCUUUGGAUUUCAUAUGUCUCUAAAUGAAUAGGAAUCAUGUCAUCCAGAUGCUGCUGGACCACAACUCCUAGUAUUCCUUACCAUUGGCAAUACAAGAUGAGGCCUCUGGGAACUGAUAUCGGGAGAGCUGCAUUCUACCCAUCCAUUCUUAACAUGUAAAUGAGUAUCCAAGAUGACUACCAUUUAAUACAUUUUCCAGACUUUUUAAUAACAGUCUUUUGAAUUUGAAGGCUUAUUUAAAAUGUUGAAAAGUAUUGAACUUUUCACUGAUGUUCACUGAAUCUGUUUUAAAAAAACAAAACACUAUGGUAGCCAUCUUCAGGUUAAAGCCAGUAAUUGUGAUGUGCUUAAGCAUAAUGAAUUUAAUGUAGUUUAAUGUUGCUUGGAAUGCAGAGUGUUUGUCUAUGUUUAUAUUUUACUUUCAAACAUUCCAAAAUAAAUAAAUAAAUAACCUGUAUAUUUAUACCUAUUAAAAUUAAUGUUUAUAUAUUUAGUUUAUUUAUUAUUCUGCUGAACAGGCUUGUAGUUUUGACUGAAGUGGAACUACUACUUUUAAAAUUAUUGGGAGCAAAGUUUAACUGAGCAUAUUCCAGCAGUGGUAUGUUUGGAUUUUUUGUUUUGUUUUAGUACAUUUUGACCGUAAUUUGAACUGGACAGUAUAAUUGGUUUAAAAUAUGAGAAUUGUUCUCGGUUGUAUUGAUUACAACCUCCUAUGCCAGGAUUUCAGGUUCAAAAUCCUGGCUUAACUAGUGUACAAAAGGGGGGAAUAGGAAGCAGAAAUACAUUUUUUCCCUUACUUUUUAGAUGAGAACACAACCUAAAUUGGGUCUUCUCCUGAACAUUUUAAUGAGAUCCUGAAUACAGUUGGAGUCUUCUGAAAUGGAAAACGGAACACAUCCUUUAAAUUCACUUCUGUGUCCAAAAAGCCUUUUUGCAUUGAGUGGAUAUUUUUGUACUAAGGUACUGCUAGUUUUUAGGUAUUUCUCAUGAGUAAACUGCAGAGACUUUUUAGAGGCACUCCAUUUGUAGAACAUCCUUACCUGAAAAGUAAAGGAGGCACCAAUGUUCUUAUCACUUGGAACCUUUAUCCUUUCAAUGCUCUUAGCCAUUCCCAAACUUUUAAUUUUACUUUAAAGGUUCUCUGCUGUUUAGUUUAAUUUAGUUUUAUUGAUACCCUCCGAUGUUGGAAUAUUUUAAUUUGUGGUUUUUUAUGUUACAUCAUGAUUGCCCUGAUCUCUUGUAAGCAGCUUCCAGUGUGUGGUUUAUUUUUUAAGCAGUCUGUAAAUGUAUUUAUCAGAUCAGUGGUUCUCAGAUGGUGGGUGGGCCCCCAGGGGAGGUGUGAGAGUUGCUCAGGCAGGGGGACAUGAGACUUGGAGGCUCUUCUCUCUCCCUCCUUUUUCCAAACUUUUUUAUGUGUAAACUUUACAAACGCAUCAAGUUAAAUAUUGAAUUGACUUAAAUUAAACUGUUCUAAUUUAAGCCAUCUUGCUUCCUUAUAAAAUGUUAAAAUAUGAAUAUACAACGUGCAAAUGAAAAUAUACACACUAAAUUAUACAAAAUAUUUUUCUUCAUAUACUGCAUCAAGGGGCCCCCAAGGGGUGAACAUUUGUUUACCACUGAAUCCAAUCAUAUGCACUUACUGGGAGCCUUGAAUGUUUCUGUCACUAACAUGUGAAAACAGCACAUAAUUAAGAAUUGGAACAUGUUAAUCUGUGUAAUGAUACACUUACAUAAGAAUUCUGUUUUUAUUUUGCCCCAUAUGAGGAAGAUUGCCAAUAACACGUAACACUAGUCUGCGACUGCAAUCAUGCACACACUUAAUAGGGAGUAUGCACUGCACUUUCAGAGUGUACACAUAUAGGAUUCCACUGUAAAUGAGAUACAAUGUUGGUAAGCAGUUUAUGUUGCACUAUAUACUAGUGCAGUGCAAACAUUCCUAGAACAUUUAUUCUAAUCUAUGGUUCUUUGCAUUAACCCAUAUACAUGCAGAGAGGGUGUCAUGCCACAGCUUCUCUAUUUGUCUUCCAAUAGGGUACCUCAUAACCACUGAAAUGAAUGAGAAAAACUGUAUGUUGGGGAGCUGUAUUGGCACAGUAGUGAUGAUAAUUUUUAUUUUUGUUCAAAUGCACAUGUGGGCCUGUUGGGCAAGCCAUGAUGAUCAUUUUAAUGAAAGAACAUAAUAUCUAUGAAUAAAGAAAUGCAGCUGCAAAACAACUCCAUCCACUGAAAUAAAGGAGAAGAUUCUUCCAAGGAGGGACAAACACUAGUUUUCUACUUCCAAAAUAGAUGGUUCAUUAGGGUCAAAAGUUGUUAAUUCAUAAACUGUUUACACUCAUGUGUCACUAUUGAAUUCUGUUACACUUCUGUGAAUGUGUUAAGUGGUUAAGUAAAUAUAAAAGGUGGGAAGGGUUGUAAUGCACAUGCAUUAUUCUGAAAAAUCAUGUAAAUUUCAUACUGAUUUGAAAAUUCUGUAGGCUUUUUGAAAUGUGAAAGAUGAAGCCAGGCUUACUGUUUUUGCUGGGUACUGCUUCAAAUGGUUUUUCUUAAAGUAUUGAAACAAGCGUAUCAAAGUGACAUGCAGUAUCAUUGUUUGUAAAUAUGUUUAAAACACCUGUUUCAUAGAUUUUUCCAUAUUCAAUAUUCUGUAUAUUUGUAUGUCAGAUUGUAUAUUUAAAAGCCGUCUACUAAAUAAAGUUGAAAUA